AUGGUUGGAGCAGCUCGUCUGACUGUGAGUCCCAGCAGCUCUCAGCUGUUUGAAUAUGAUUUUGUGUCUCUGAGCUGUGAGGAGGACGACAGCUCUGCUGGAUGGACUCUGAGGAGAAACACAAGCAAACAACAGACGACUCAGUGUGGAGAUGGGUGGGGAAAACCAGCUGGUUCUUCCUGUAACUUCAGCUAUAUUGACCCAUUGGACAGUGGAGUUUACUGGUGUGAGUCCAGAGAGGGUCCCAUCAGUAACAUGGUUAACCUGACAGUCACUGGUGGAUCAGUGAUCCUGCAGAGUCCUGUCCUCCCUGUGAUGGAGGGAGAUGACGUCACUCUGCUCUGUAAAACAAAGACCACUCCCUCCAACCUCCCAGCUGCUUUCUAUAAAGAUGGCUCCCUCAUCAGGAAGCAGCCUACAGGUCACAUGACCAUCCAGCAUGUUUCCAGGUCUGAUGAAGGCCUCUACAAGUGUGACAUCAGCGGUCAUGGAGAGUCUCCAUCCAGCUGGAUCACUGUCACAGACAAACAUACAACCACACCUCCACCUACCACUACAACUAUUCCCACCGCUCCAGAUCUGACCGCUGACUCCUCACUACAGCUUGCAUUCAGAAUAGUCCUCCACCUGGUGGUGUUCUGUCCAUACCUCAUCUCCACUCUCCUCAUGAUGUCUUUAUAUCAAUGCAGAGCCAAAGGAAAUGGCAUCAGUGAUUCAACCAAGCCCACUCUGCCUGACCAGGGAUUGGAUAAUGAGCAUGAUGAUGUAAUCACUGAUGUCACCACAGAGUAUCACUUCUGA